CGCGGCAGAAAGGUAGAAACAACCUAAGCAUCCAUCGACGAGGAUGGAUUCACAUAAAUUAUAAGUGCAUUUUUCAGCGGAACGCAUGAGCUGCCGCAAAAAUGAAGGCUCUGUCUGUGCUGGUUCCCUCUUGUUACAUCUGUAAUUUUAAAUCUGGAAGGGCUGAAGAGAUGUCGCCAAAGGAAAUGAGGCCUAGUGAGGUUUCAGCAGCUGCCCAGGGCCCCUGGCUGGGGGCAGAGCUGGGACUCCUACGAUGCUACUUGAAAUCCCCUGCUGCUUAUGGGCCCCCCUGAGCUCCCCAGCUCAGCGCUGCUCGCGGUGUCUGGAGCCUUGGAGGAACCACCUUCGUUGUCAGGAACUGAGCAGGGACAAGGCUGGGCCGCUCAGAAGUACCUGAGGACGGAUCAAGAGGAGGGAGGGCCAGUGAACCACCCAUCUGCCUGAGCCACAAACCUCACCUGCUGGUCCAGCUUCCGGGUAGCUGAGCGAAGCCCCCAGGCCUGACUUAGACCCUCUCUGGAGAACUGACGCAGGAAGAUCCCAGGAUGGCUGCCGUGCAGGGCAACCUGAAUAUGGUGAAAGAGGCACAGAACAUGACAGCACACAACUGCUUCAAUUCUCAGAGCACCGUCCUGCAGGGGCAGCCCUUUGGGGGAAUCCCCACUGUGCUGUUCCUCAACGUCAUCUUGUGGGUGGUCAUCAUUUUGGUUUAUUCCUUCCUCCGGAAAGCUGCGUGGGACUACGGGCGCCUGGCUCUGCUCAUUCACAAUGACAGCUUGACUUCACUGAUCUAUGGGGAGCAGAGCGAGAAGACAUCUCCCUCGGAUAUUUCCCUGGAGAUGGAACACAAGGACAAGGGCUUCUAUUCCUGGUUCUUCAACACCAUCACCAUGAAGAACGAGGAUCUAAUUAGCAAGUGUGGAGACGAUGCCCGCAUCUACAUCAUGUUCCAGUAUCAUCUCAUCAUCUUUGUGCUUAUCCUCUGCAUCCCCUCCUUGGGCAUCAUCUUGCCCAUCAACUACACUGGAACCGUUCUGGAUUGGAAUAGUCACUUCGGUCGGACCACCAUUGUCAAUGUCUCCAUAGAGAGUAAGGUCCUGUGGCUGCAUAGCUGCUUCUCCUUCCUCUAUUUCGUCAUUAACUUCGUCUUCAUGACCCAUCACUGUUUAGGGUUUGUGCCCAAGAAGAGCCAUAAGGUCACCAGGACACUAAUGAUCACCUAUGUCCCCACGGACAUCCAAGACCCAGAAAUCAUCAUUAAGCAUUUUCAUGAGGCCUAUCCAGGAUGCGUGGUGACCAGAGUCCACUUCUGCUAUGACGUCAGGACCCUGAUCGAUUUGGAUGAUCAGAGGCGCCAUGCGAUGCGGGGCCGGCUCUACUACACUGCCAAGGCCAAGAAGAGUGGGAAGGUGAUGAUCAAGAUCCACCCCUGUUCCCACCUGUGCUUCUGCAAGUGCUGGACCUGCUUCAAAGAGGUAGAUGCAGAACAAUAUUACAGUGAGCUGGAGGAGCAGCUGACUGAUGAGUUCAACGCUGAGUUCAACCGCGUUCGGCUGAAGCGUCUGGACCUGAUCUUUGUCACCUUCCAGGACUCCAGGAUGACGAAGCACAUCCAGGAAGAUUACAAGUACAUCCAGUGUGGCGUGUCCCCCCAGCAGUCCUCGGUGUCCACCACCGUCAAAUCCUACCGCUGGAGGGUUGCCCUUGCCCCACACCCUAAAGACAUUAUUUGGAAACACCUGUCCGUCCGCCGCUUCCAUUGGUGGGCCCGCUUUAUCGUAAUCAACACCCUCCUCUUCUUCCUCUUCUUCUUCCUCACCACGCCUGCCAUCAUCAUCAACACCAUCGACAUGUACAACGUCACCCGCCCCAUUGAGAACCUGCAGAGCCCAGUCAUAACCCAGUUCUUCCCCUCCCUGUUGCUCUGGGCAUUUACAGUGAUAAUGCCUCUGAUGGUCUACUUCUCUGCCUUCCUAGAGGCCCACUGGACCAGAUCAAGUCAGAAUCUGAUCAUAGUGAACAAGUGCUACAUCUUUCUGGUGUUCAUGGUGGUUAUUCUGCCCUCUAUGGGACUGACCAGUUUGAAUGUCUUUUUCCGCUGGCUCUUUGACAUCUACUAUCUGGAGCAGGCAUCCAUCCGGUUCCAGUGUGUGUUCCUGCCAGACAAUGGCGCCUUCUUCGUCAACUAUGUGAUCACGGCAGCUUUGCUUGGCACGGGCAUGGAGCUGUUGCGCCUGGGGUCACUCUUCCUGUACAGCACCCGCCUCUUCUUCUCCAGGUCGGAGCCAGAGAGAGUCCACAUCAGAAAGAGCCACGCCAUGGACUUCCAGUAUGGGCGAGAGUACGCGUGGAUGAUGAACGUCUUCAGCGUGGUCGUAGCAUACAGCAUCACCUGCCCCAUCAUUGUCCCUUUUGGCCUGCUGUACCUGUGCAUGAAGCACAUCACGGACCGCUACAACAUGUACUACUCCUACGCGCCCACCAAACUCAACGAGCAGAUCCACAUGGCUGCUGUCUACCAGGCCAUUUUCGCGCCACUCCUGGGUCUGUUCUGGAUGCUGUUCUUCUCCAUUCUGAGAUUAGGUUCGCUCCACAACAUCACCUUCUUCUCCCUUUCCACGCUCAUUAUUUCCAUGGUAGUUGCCUGCCUUAGCACUCUUCUGGGGAAGCUCCGGACGGUAUCUUACUAUGAGCCCGAGGAGGAGAUGGAGACUGUGUUUGACAUGGAGCCAAGCAGCAGCACCUCCACACCCACCUCCCUUCUGUACGUGGCUACUGUGCUGCAGGAGCCGGAGAUGAACCUGUCCCCUGCCUCCUCCCCUGCUCGGCAUACCUACGGCACCAUGAACAGACAGCCUGAGGAGGGAGAAGAGGAGAGCAGUGUGAGGGGCUUUGCGAGGGAGCUGGGUUCCGCUCAGUUUCAGGACGGGCUGGAACUGGAGGGCCAGAGCCAGUACCACUGACCAGGACCGGAGGCCUCCACCUGGCGACUCCAGCGGGAGCAGCGGCCAGGGGAGGGCCCGGCGAGUAGGGGGGAGGCAGGAGGGCCACCCGGACCUCCCCACUACCUCCCGCAGACUCUGGGAAGGCCCCAACAGAGACACCUGCGCCCUGGGUGUUGGCCACAUGGAGACCCAAACCUGCUGACCAGCUAGAAUGAAAGGUGCUGGGCAGUGCAGAGGGCAGUGCCGAGGGCCCCCGGGAUGGGAUGGAGGAUACAGGCAGCGCCACGUCUUGGGAACAGCCGCCAAAGCCCUGGGCACAGAGACUCAGGCUAAGGGACCUUGCCGGGGUCGAAAUGGAGAAGGUAUGCAUAAGGGAGGAGGCAGAAGGAAACCCACCGAAGACUCUUCAGGGUCCUCUCCACGCUUUCACCAGCUGCCCUGCAAAGGAGCUUCCACCGCUGCUCCCACGCCAUCCCCCACCCCUACUCCAGUCCCUCCCCUGCGGUCUGAGGAAGCCCAGGUAUUUGUGCUAAGCCUCAUCAACAUCCCCAGCGUGGGGAUCUGUAAAGAGAAGUUUCUGCACGCACCUGGGGCAUACGGCAGCUGAGACCAUAGACCUGAGGGGAGGCAGUGGAGACCUGUCCUAUUCCUCUGUCCCUCGGCAGACAUCCCCAGGAGCAGCAGGGUGGAGACCCUUAUCCUUUCUAUUCUCACAAGGGCAGCUGGGACACAAUCACUCGGGGCUCAUUAAACGGGACCUGUGUGCAUUUUGA